AUGCUCUCCAAGACCCUCCAGCGCGUGCGCUCGCUCUCUGUUUUCGACGUUCUUUACUACAUACUGAAGUUCGUCCUUUCCAUAUGCACAGCUUACAUGCACUGGAACCUCCUCAAGCUUUUUCUAAACAACGAUAUGCCGGGCAUAGUAGUUCUGACGGGGUCCAUGGUGCCCGGGUUCAUGCGAGGAGACAUCUCAGCAAUUAAGAGCACCAACCACAAUCUGGGAAUAGAAGUCGGAGACAUCGUGGGGUAUUCGCUGAUGCAUAGGGCUAUCCCGAUAUCCCACAGAGUUACCGAGAGACGUGUCAUUAUCGACAACGACUUUCCUUGUGACGUGAAUAGCACUGUAGUAGACGCUACUGGAGUCGUGUUGCAUCACGGUCCUUCCAGUAUUGCAAAAGCUGCAAACCCUCCAGCACUGCCCAGUCCCUGUCGCAGACUGGCAUUCAUCACAAAGGGAGACGCAAACAAAGUCAAGGACACGUUCCUUUAUACUACGGGGAGAGUGUACCUUGAGCCGUAUGAGUUGGUCGGGAAAAUGCUAAUCAAUCUUCCGGGCCUGGGAUACAUGACGAUUCUUUUACAAGAGCACAAAUGGGCGAAGGUUCUGCUUUUCGGAAUGAUUAUCCUCAUGGCCAUUUCUGGACGGGAGGAGUAA